AUGCACCAGCUAGUGCCCGAACUCUGCAACUUUGUGACAGAUCACUUCACACUAAACGCAUUCUACACCAAGCUAAUCCAAUCACUAAGAACUACGCAUCAUGGUGGCUCUGGCUGGAGCGCCGGAAGCCUCAUCUACGCGCUUAUCCCAGGACAACAAAAAUUGAAGGACACAGCCACCCGCUGA